AUGACGGACCAGUCACUGGAACCCAGCCACGACCAGGCGCGUGCUCUCGAAACUCAACAACCUGAACAUGAGGCAGCACCUACAUCAAGCGAACCAGUUCCGCCAACAAAUAAUGAUACUUCCGACGAUGGCGCGCACAGCUCCGAGGCCGAAUCCAUAAACAAAGAGGGGGAUGUUAGUGCGAAAGACGUAACAUCGCCAGGAAGCAACGAUGGAAAGGCAAACCAAGAUGGAGACCAGGACAAAGAAGGCGGAGAGGAAGAUGAUAACGACGAGGAAGACGAGGAAGACGAUGAUGAUGAUGAAGAAGAAGACGAUGACGACGAGGAAGAAGACGACGAUGACGAUGAGGACGAUGACGAAGAACCAAAACUCAAGUAUGCUCGGUUGACUCAACACCUUAAUGGAGUAUAUCGAAACGGCGACGCAACUAGCGCGUUCCUUGUCGCUGGAGAUAAGAUGAUUGUUGGAACGCAUAAUGGCAAUAUCCACAUCGUCCAGCUCCCCAUGUUCCAGUCCAUGAGGGUAUACCACGCACACUCUGCUUCAGUAACAUCUAUAUCAAUAUCGCCAUAUCCACCCCCUCUCCCGACCGACACGCCAGAGACGGUGUCGAAGCAUGGAGCUCACAGCAAUGCCAGCAUAUCAUCCAGCCGCCAAACCGAUUCAUCAUCCCCUGCACCAUCGAGAAGGCCUCGAGAGGUGUCUCAAAUCCCACGAACGCCAUCAAAUGACAUCUACGUUGCAACUUCUUCGUUAGACGGUAACGUUUGUGUCCAGAACUUGAUCGACAUGAAAGAUGUUCAAUUACGGAACUUUGCUCGUCCUGUACAAACGGUAGCUCUAUCUCCUGAGUUUAAAACAGAUCGGACUUACUUGUCAGGAGGUCUUGCUGGCCAGCUUAUUCUUACUGCGGGAGGCGGCCCAGGUCGCAGUACUUCAACUACGACUGGAACUGCAGCCGCUACAGCUUCCGGCUGGCUGGGCAGUAUGGGACUUGGUGGCAACGCAGGCAAAGAUACUAUUUUGCACUCUGGAGAAGGAACCAUCAGUACCAUCAAAUGGUCAUUGUCUGGGAAAUAUGUGGUCUGGUUAAACGAGCACGGCAUCAAAAUCAUGCGAUCAAAACUACAUCUCGAAAGUGCAGAUGCAGAAGACGCAUGGAAACGAGUUGGGCACAUUGAUCGACCACAGACAGAUGAAUGGGAAACCAUGGCCAGUGUAUGGAAAGGUCGUGUUGAAUGGAUUGAUGAACAGGCUGUCGAAGUGGACGAAACCGACCAGAGCGCUACUGAAAAGAGCAGUUCCCCAGCUACAGAAAAGCUGAAAGGACAUGCUCUAGCAAGCAAGAAGGGCAUCGAGCGAUUGCUCGUAGGCUGGGGUGGUACAAUAUGGAUUAUACACGUCCAUCCUGGGGGUGUUGGUGUUGGUCGGCACGCUGGAGAGAAGACCAUUGGGCGUGCUGAGAUUGUCAAGAUACUCCGCAUGGAUUGCAUUAUUUCCGGCAUUUCGCUAUAUACUCAAAAUCUCUUGUUGGUACUCGCAUACUGUCUACCAGAAGAUGACGAAGACGAAGGUGCUGUUUCUGUUUCAAAUUCACCAGAUAAAAGGCACAAAUCCAACUCUUCUACCGGAAGCCAACCAUCAGGCGGCCUUCCCCGUCGGCAAAAUAACCAACCGCCAGAACUGCGUCUCAUUGAUCUCAACUCUCAAGCAGAAGCGGACAAGGACAGCCUGAGCGUCAGUCGUUAUGAGAGGUUAUCGUCGGGUGAUUAUCAUUUGGGAGUUUUGCCUGCACGCAACGCCGCAUCCGCAAUUGCUUCUUCUCGAGGUGCUCUGGAGGCAAUAGCUGGAAUUGGCACGGAUAUGUGGAAUGCGGCCAUCAAUCCUCGCUCCCUCUUCAGCUCUGGGGCAAGUAUCCGUAGCCGUGGAAGCGGUGAUGAUUCCAGCAUAAGAGGGAGUACAGCAGGAACGAUUCGGCCUGGGACAAGCAGAGGCCUCUCACCAACAGUUCAUUCAGGUCUCAUAAAGCCUGGCGUAAAGAUCUUCAUACAUAGUCCGUAUGACUGCAUCCUCGCAACCAGGCGAGACUUGAGUGAUCAUUUGGGAUGGCUCUUGGAGCGUCAACAGUACCAGCGUGCGUGGGAGUUGCUCGACGAACACCCAGAGAUCAUGGCUCCAGCUGGCGAGAGAGCCAACGAUAACACUCCCCCCACUCCGACACUAAAUCAGGAGGCCAGUGAUGAGUUCAACGAUGACGAGUCUGUCAUCGAUUCGCAGGUAAGGGACUUCUAUUCCUCGGCAGAGAAGGAAAAGCGUCGCAUCGGAGAGCUCUGGAUCCAGGAACUCAUCGAAGAGAACGAUUGGGUAUCUGCAGGCAAGAUCUGCGGACAAGUGCUCAAGACACCAGACAGAUGGGAGAAAUGGGUUUGGACGUUUGCCGGCGCAAAGAGGUUUGAUGCAAUCACAAACUAUAUCCCCACAAAGCCUAUGCACCCACCACUUCCUUCAACCAUAUACGAAGUUGUGCUCGGCUAUUACAUUCAGCACGACAAACCGAGAUUCAGGGAACUUUUGGAUCGUUGGUCUCCCGAACUGUUUGAUGUCAAGACUAUCACGACGGCAUUGGAAAACCAGCUCAAUUACCGGGACGUGCGUGAAGACAGCAUUGAUGAUGGUGAGAGGGGGCGAGACUGGAAAAUUGUGAUGGAGAGCUUAGCGAGAUUACACGAGGCCAGCGGACGAUAUCGUGAGGCUCUCAAAUGCUAUAUCAAACUUCAUGACGCGGACUCGGCCUUCAGGUUGAUUAGGGACAACCAUCUUGCCGAAGCUGUUGAGGACGAUAUCCCCAGCUUUAUUGGUCUUCGAGUGCCGCCCGGUAAGCUUGACCACAUGACAGCAGAGGAGCUCGAACUAGCAACAUCUGAAGCCAUAAUUCUGCUCGUUGAUGAAGCUCAGCAUGGUCUUCUACGCCCCGACGUGGUUGUGGAGCAGCUUCUUGCCCAGAAGCUCAAUCUGUACAUAUACUUCUACUUCAGAGGUCUGUGGAGAGGCGAAGGUAUCCAAGAGCAUGGAGGAGAGAAUGUAGACCGGCUUGUUAUGGACAGUCAAUCAUUGGUGGACAGCUUCUCAGAUUUAGCGGUCCACCUCUUUGCGACCUUUGACCGGUCGUUGCUUAUGGAGUACCUGAAAACAUCAGUCUCAUACACAUUCGAAAAGGCUGUUCAAGAAUGUGAGAACUUCUCAUACUACGAUGAGCUUGUGUUCCUAUACUCCAAGACCGGACAAAUGAAGCGCGCUCUUUACCUCAUCAUUGAUCGUCUGAAGAAUGUUCACAAGGCCAUUGAGUUUGCCAAGGAACAAGACGAUCCGGACCUGUGGGAGGAUCUCCUCAAAUACAGCAUGGACAAACCCAGCUUCAUUCGAGGUCUCCUCGAGCAAGUCGGAACAGCCAUCAACCCAAUCACUGUGGUGAAACGAAUUCCUGAAGGGCUCGAGAUCGAGGGGCUCAGGGAGGGGCUCACGCAUAUGAUGAAGGAACACGAGAUUCAAUAUAGCAUUAGCUCUGGAGUCGCACGAGUCCUUCGCAGCGAGGUGGCCACAGCCCAGACCGAGCUCCGGGCUGGCCAACGGAAAGGCAUCAAGUUUGAAGUAGUUCAGCAGGAUCCAGAACAUGUGGAUAUUGAAGUCAAAGAUGUCCCCACGGAUCCUGAAAACCCUGAGCGGAACGCUUCUCACCCGUCUACAAAGCAUGACCACCGGGUGCCGAAACCAGGGCAUUGCGCAAGAUGCCACGAGCCUUUCACCGAGUACGAGAUGGAGACGCUAGUAGGGUAUGCAUGUGGCCAUGUAUUCCAUGUAAGCCAUCUGUUGGAGAUGCUGCACGGGAACAAGAAGAUGGACAUUGAUCUUGGCAAUGGAUCUGAAGAAGGAAGUCGGUACUCUGUGCACAUGAAGGUGAUGAGAGCACGUUUGUUGAAAGACAAGAUGAGGGGAGGUUGUCCUUUGAGGCGUCUAUGCACUGACGGUGUAUAA